AUGGCGCCGGAGGUGGCGCGUGGAGAGGGGCAAGGGAAGGAGAGUGAUAUUUGGGCUUUGGGGUGUACGGUGAUAGAGAUGGUAACCGGUUCUCAUCCGUGGUUUGGGGAGGAUUCGACCGACCCGGUUUCGGUUCUAUACCGGGUCGGGUAUAUGGGUGAGUCACCUGAGGUGCCUUCCUCGCUUACGGAACAAGCAAAGGAUUUUUUGGGAAAGUGUUUGAGAAGAGAUGCGAAGGAGAGAUGGACAGCGACUCAAUUAUUAAACCAUCCGUUUUUGAUAACCAAACCGGAUACAGAAUUGGUAACCGGUUUGGUUACGGACUCACCGACAAGUGUGACGGAUCAAAUGUUCUGGAGGUCAGUGGAAGAGGAGGAUCAGGAGCGUCCAAGGUGGUGGGAAUGUCACGAGGAGAGAAUUGAAGUGCUAAGCUGGAUUGGUCAGGGUGUGGUGGAUCCCACGUGGGAUAUGGGCGGUGAAGAUUGGAUCACGGUUCGACGGAAUAAUGAUUAG